AUAACCUUACAGGCGGAAGACAAAAAAGACGUCGACAAGGACAUGGCAGCCAUCUUGGUUUCCAUGGAUACCAUCACCCUGGAGGAUGCGGAGGCGGGGUCGUUGUCAUGGCAACUGACUGACGUGGUGAUGCAGAUGGAGCAGUACGCCUCCACGGGACCGAGGCUGAAGGAGCUGGUGAGGACGACGUAUAACAAGUCUCUGCAGGACCAGAACUUUGCGCGGGUCGGGGCCAGGCUGUGUGGGGAGAUGGCAGCGCACGAGGUCGACGGGGUCAAACUCAGGAGCGAAGUACUGACCAGAUUACAGGAAGACUAUAAGAAGAAGGAGUCGCUCCAUGCGAGUGACCAGGCUGUAUACCUGGGGUUUGUGACGCUGCUCUGUCAGCUGUUCGGAGUUCUACACAUCAACGGGGAACCGAUGAAGGCUCUGGUAGGACCUGUGUACGACACACUGAUGGAGCUUCUCAGUACGAAGUGUGCAUCAGAUGAUGAAGUGCUGUGCUGUACUAUGCAGUUGGAACAUAUAGGCCAGACCCUUGAGCAGUGUGACCCGUCACGUAUGUCCUCUCUGAUGAAGAAAGUACGAGACUGUGCACUGGGGAAGGACACCAGCCCGUUCGCGCGCUGCCUCAUCAUGGAAGUCGUGGAACGGCACGCCAACGGCUGGGAGCCUCUGCCACAGGACGCAUCUGACUACUACAGCUGCACACUGGACAAGCUUAUGUGUCAAAAGUAGUCACACUGUGUUCAACCAGGUUUUAGAUAUCGUUAAAAUUUGCCACUGCAUUUUUAUCUCUUUUAUUCAUUUAUCCAGGGUUAGCAUAUUGCCAUGUUGGCGGUUUUCAAAGCUCCCUGCAUAGGAACUAUAUCAGUAGUCACGGCUUGAAAUCCUUUUUUCUGCAUAUACCUGCACUGGUGCAAGUUUUGUAGAACUUGGGCUCAUACAAAACUAAUAGUAAACUUGUUUACAGAUCACUGAACUCAUCUACAACAAACUUGACAGCUACCGUAAGGUAAAGCAAUCUGUACUUAGAAUGAAGUUUUUUUCAUAGCUACAUGUAGUAGACUAAGACCAGUGCAGCUUUGCCAAGGCUAGCAUUUUCAGCCAAGCAUUCUGAUCUCUGGUUUGCUUGCUGCCUGAUCAUGGAAGUCGUGGAACGGCACGCCAACGGUUGGGAGCCUCUGCCGCAGGACGCAUCUGACUACUACAGCAGUACACUGGACAAGCUGAUGUGUCAAAAGUAGUCACACUGUGUUCA